AUGCCUGGAGAACCUUUAGAAGCAACUAAUAUUUUAAGACAUUCAAUACCAACUACAGAUGACUGCCCAAUAUUUUCAAGACAAUACCGUUUUCCUCAAAUUCACAAAGACGAAAUAACUAAACAAGUAAAUGAACUUUUAAAAAAUAAAAUAAUUAAACCUUCUCAAUCACCUUAUAACACACCGGUAUGGAUCGUACCUAAAAAACCUGACUCAAGCGGAAAUUUAAAAUGGCGAAUGGUAUUAGAUUUUCGAAAACUAAACGAAAAAACUAUAGGUGACUCAUAUCCAUUACCUCAUAUAAAUGAUAUACUUGACUCAAUUUCUUCCGCAAAAUACUUUUCUGUUUUCGACCUAGCAACCGGAUUUCAUCAUAUAAGAAUGAAUCCCAAUGACUCACACAAGACAGCUUUUUCAACACCUCAUGGUCAUUAUGAAUUUGAUAGAAUGCCAUUUGGUUUAAAAACAGCACCCGCGACAUUCCAAAGACUUAUGGACUUAACAUUAACUGGACUAAUUGGAACAGUACUUUUUGUUUACCUUGAUGACAUUGUUAUUUACGCAGACACACUCGAAGAACAUGAAAGAAAAUUUAAUAAUUUAGCUGAACGACUUAGAAACGCAAAUCUUCAUUUACAACCAGACAAAUGCGAAUUCUUACGACCGGAAGUAGGAUAUUUAGGACACAUUAUUGAUAAAAAUGGUGUUCGACCCGAUCCAAGGAAAAUUAUUGCGGUUAAAAAUUUUCCUAUACCGAAAACAACAAAGAACAUUAAACAAUUUUUAGGAUUAGCAGGAUAUUAUAGAAGAUUUAUUGAAAAUUUUUCUAAAAUUGCACAUCCACUAAACCAACUUUUAAAAAAGGAUACACCUUUUAUUUGGUCAGACAAACAACAAUUAGCUUUUGACACAUUAAAACAACAUUUAUGCGAAGAACCUCUUUUACAAAGACCAGAUUUUUCCCAACCCUUCGUGCUUACAACAGACGCAUCAGGUUACGCGAUUGGAGGAAUACUUUCACAAGGGAAAAUAGGAAAAGACAAGCCUAUUGCAUAUGCAUCUCGAAGCUUAAGCGAUACGGAAAAGAAAUAUGACACUUACGAGAAGGAAGCAUUAGCUAUUAUUUUUUGCGUAUCUCAUUUUCGACCAUAUUUAUACGGUAGAAAAUUUACUUUAGUAACUGAUCAUAAACCAUUAGUAUGGUUUCAAAAUUCGAAGGAUCCUUGUUCACGUGUUUCGCGUUGGAGAUUGAAAUUAGCAGAAUAUAACUAUGAAGUAGUGUACAAGGCAGGUAAAAUGAACGUGAAUGCAGACGCUCUUUCAAGAAAUCCAAUUCCUAACGAAGAAGAAUUAUUUAGAAAUCAAAAGGUGCUCGACGAUGAUACAUUUUUAACAUUCAAGGAUAAUAAAAAAUCAAGUGAAAAUAUUCACGACAGUAAUAAUACAUCUACAUUAUUACUCUUAUUAACUACUCUUCUUAACCCAAUACUUAGUGAUUACAUUACAAACACACAAUGGAAAACCAUUCUCACUAGGGCACAACGAAAAUUAGAAGAAACGGGAAUUCAAGAAAAACUUACGGAAAACGUAGAAAAAAUAUUGCAGCCCAUUAUCAAGAGGUCAAGAGGUCGUCCUAAAAAAUUAAAAAAUAAACUUCCCAUACAAGAAGACAAGGUUGGUACCAAAAGAAGAGGAAGGCCGAGGAAAGACAAGAAGCCAAUCUCAGAAGCUGAAGAAGAAACUGAUCCAGAAUACUUCGAUGAAUUAAGAAGAAAUAAACGACUUAAAAAGACAAAGGGGAAGAAGAAAAACAAAAUCGUAAUUCAAGAAAAACCAAAUGAAGACAAUGAAACUUACUUUUUAUCCACAGAAGAUGAUAGUUCAGAAGAAGAUGACGACAUAUUCGAAGAAUCCCUCGAUGAAGAAUUUUAUGAAGAAGAAAAUGAAAUCUUUCAAGACGCCAUGGAUAACGAAGAAAUUUUUGAAGAAAAAGAUAAAAUACAAGAAAUUGAAAUUGAAGAAAAUAACAAAGACAAAGGGCGUAAUCUAAGAAGAAAAGAAGAAAUUACUCAAGCACCUCCUGUUCAAGAAAAACAAUCUACGAGUAAUAAAAUUUUGAUAGAAUGUCGUGACCAAUUAACAAUGCAAAAAGACAAUUAUUUAUAUUUUGUAAGUACUAACGGUACCCCUCUCGACAAUGGAUCUAAAAGUUUAACAAAAAAAUCAAUUCUACCCAAAUUUAAUAAUUUACAAAAGGGUUUAGUAAAAGAAUUUAAAAAGGGAAAAUAUUAUCAUUUUGCACUUCCAAUUCAAGAAAAUGUCAAAGAAAACUUAACUGAUACUCUAAAUACAAUCAAAUCAUGUUUUAACUCUUUACUUUCAAUUAGUGAUAAACUAAACAUUCGCAGUAUUAGUAUAGCAAAAACAUCUCAAAUUAAUCACAUUCCUUGGGAAGAUAUUAAAAUUUUAAUUCAAGAUAUUUUUUCAAAAUCUAAAACAAAAUUUAUAAUUUGUAAUGGGAUUACGCAAUACCCUAAUAAAGAAAUUAGACAACAGAUAUUAGAAGAAAAUCAUUCAUCGGCAAUCGGAGGCCAUAAGGGAGUAACAAAAACUUUAGCUAGAAUUCGUCAAAAAUAUUAUUGGGAAAAUUUAAAAAUAGAUAUUCAAAAAUACAUAAACGGAUGUUUACAAUGUCAAUUAAAGAAAUUAGUUCGCGUAAAAACUAAAAAUCCAAUGAUUAUCACAGACACACCUACAACUGCUUUUGAAAAAAUUUCUAUGGAUAUUGUAGGACCUUUUAACCCUCCAACUAAAUCUGGCAACACGUACAUUUUAACAAUUCAAGAUAACUUUACAAAAUACUCUUUAGCAAUCCCUUUACCUAAUCAUCAAGCUGCUACAAUAGCAGACGCAUUCGUGAAAAAAUUCAUUUGCAUAUUCGGUUCACCUAAAGGCGUACUAACAGACCAGGGAAGAGACUUUUUAAGCAAUUUAUUAAAAAGAUUAGCAAAACGUUUUAGAAUUAAACAAUUUCGUACAACAGCUUUUCACCCUCAAUCUAAUGGGUCACUCGAACGUUCGCAUCAUGUUUUAGCAGAAUACUUAAAACAAUUUAUUGAGAAAAAUUCUGAAUGGGACGAUUGGUUAGAAUUAGCAAUGUUUUCUUACAAUACUAGCAUACACGAAGGAACAAAAUGCACACCAUACGAACUUGUCUUUGGAAAAUUAGCUCGUGAACCCUCUAGCGAAUCUCCUUCUCAAAACGAAAAAUUACAAACAUACGAUGAAUAUUUAACUACCUUUGUUACACAAUUACACGAAAUGAGAGCACAAGCAAGGGAAAAUUUAAUUUCGGCAAAGGAAAAAUCGAAAUUUUAUCAUGAUAGAAAAAUUAAUCCCCUAGAAAUAAAAAAUGGCGACUUUGUAUUUUUAUUAAACGGAGGAAAAAUUAAAAAACUAGAAAACCAAUACUCAGGUCCUUAUGAAAUUUUAGAAAUAUUAGGAAAAGGUAAUGUAAAAAUUAACUUUAAAGGAAAACCUUUAAUAGUCCAUAUUAAUAGAUUAAAGAAAUCAAAAAUUAAUUCUGAGCCUAACAAUUGA